UAGAAGCGCCGACCAAAGCGGCACCGACAACAGCAAUGCCACCAAUUACAAUGACACCAACCCGACCUAGAUGUGGCAGUCAAACAUGCUUGCCACACCAGACAUGUGAGACAUUCAUGUCAGAGAAGUACUGCGCUGAUACGUGCAAUGCCAACGGUCCUUGUAAACAAAAACAGAUCUGCCAGCUUAAGACUGUACAAUGUGUUCGUGCACCAUGUCCUCCUCUGGCAGAAUGUCUCGGUGAGAGUUGUAAGGUAAGCAAAAUUCAACGCCUUGAGCAACCAAACAACUGCACUAGAGCCCGAACCCUAAAGCUCAAAACAUGCAGUGGGCUUUGUCGAUCUGGACACUCGUGCAAACCUAAAUCACAUCGAGAAAGGCUUUACAACUUCAGAAACACAUGCACAGGUAAGAAAGAAAAAUUGCCCGUCAUUCUGCACAAGAAGUGCAGUUGUCAAGAAGACACCGUCGACUCGCAGAAACCGAUGAAUGGGAUGAUGGACAUGAUGGGUUGAGAACUCACGGUUCAACCAUGAACCAGAGUCAAGUUCAUGUUGUUAUAGCUUGUUUAUGAUAGCUAGUGUUGUUGAAUGCAAUUGAAUGUCACAGAUUUUGUCAUCAUCAAUACACAUUGUGGACCUG